GAAACUAGUGGGUCAAUGAAGCUUCAACUCUCACUUGGCCAUUGGUAAUCAAGCUGUUCGUUCGCGCUGGAGAAGUUGAUAUUCAAGGAUGGUCAGGGAGGAAGAGACACAGAAGGACUCUGCCUUCAAGAGGUUCCUCAGGAGAGCCUACCAAGGGACUUAUCAUGUCCUUUACAUGUUCAAGGAGAUGUGGCUAUUUUUACUGCUGUUGGUGGGUCUCGCCGUUGCAUUCCGAAGAGAUGCAGUCGAGUCACCACCUGCAGUUUUGUCCAAGCUGUACGAGUACAAACCUUUUGGCGUUGAACAUAUAGAUCUCAGAGAUUCAGUAGAAAAGGUGCCAACGCAAAGGGAAAGAAUGCAGGAAUCUUUACCUCUACGAUCAGCGGUUGAAAAGAGGCCAACACCAUACUUCCGAGGGCCAUGGUGGAAAAUUGUCCCUGGAACCAAACAAUUAGAUCAGAGUGGAAGGAGAUUGUUCUGUUUUGUUGAGUCAUGGUCAUCCUACAGAAGAGCUCCAGUAGGGUUCACUGCAGACAACAUAGACCCAUACGCCUGCACCCAUGUUAUCUAUGCUUUUGCAUCUGUAGACCCUCUUACAUCUAAGCUUUUACCAUUGGAUGAAGAAUACGAUGUUGUUAAAGGAGGAUAUAGAUCAAUUGUUGGUCUGAAAAGAGUUAAUUCCAAUUUGAAAGUGAUGAUAUCUGUGGCUGGGCGAUUAUCAAAAAUGACCUCUUCCGCUUCUAGUAGAAGAAAUUUUAUUUUAUCAACUGUCAAAUUUAUGGCUGAGAAUGGAUUCGAUGGAUUAGAUCUUCAUUGGGAAUAUCCUGGAGCAGAAGACCUAGGAGGGUCAAGAUCUGAUAAAGACAACCUCUCCCUGCUUGUGGAAGAACUAUCAGGAGUGAUGGAGUCAAGAGGUUGGCUUUUGUCAGCUUCUUUUCCUCCCUCAAGGUUCAGGUUAGACGAUGGUUACGACAUUCCGAGGAUAGCACCCUACCUUCAUUUUGUUCUGCUUAAGAGCUUUGAUUACCAUCAAGAAAGAGAAGGAUCAGCAAAUCAUCCUUCUCCAUUGGUUAUGUCCAGCCAAGAAGAUCCUCUCUCAGUUUAUUACAAUGUAGAUUACUCAGUAAGAUACUACCUCAAAAGGGGAGUUAGGAGAAAUCAGCUGAUAAUUGGCGUUCCAUUUUUUGCCAGGUCAUAUACUCUGAAAGAUGCUAACAACUGGAUGCCAGGUUCCCCAGUGAAGUCUCCAGGAAAAGAAGCGAGGUUUACACAGCAGCCUGGUUUCAUGGCUUAUUACGAAGUAUGCAAUCAACUCAGAAAGAAAGGCUGGGUACAACAUCGUGAUUCCAACACUGGUUCAGCUUUUAUGGUGAAAGAUGAUCAAUGGGUCGGGUUUGAAGAUCCUUACAGCAUCAGGUUAAAAAUGACUUACAUGCAAAGAGAAAGGCUCGGAGGUGCCAUGGUGUGGGCUCUUGAUUUAGAUGAUUUUAAGGGACUGUGUGGUCCUAAAUAUCCUCUUUUGAACACUGUUAGAGUUGCAUUGACGCCAGAAAUACCAGGGACUAUAAUAGUUGAAAUUGUGAUCCUAGCCAUGCUAUCUCCUGGGGUAGGCGUUACUGUGCUUGCAACUCAGGACAACUGUACCGGGGAAGGCUAUGCUGGUGAAGUUGGGGAUUGUUCGGUCUAUUACCGCUGUCAGUGGGCCCAGAAGCACACCUAUAUUUGUCCUCAUGGUCUGUACUAUGAUCCACAACUCAACCUCUGCAACUGGCCAACCUUGGUCACGUGUCAAAAGAAUUUAUUGAUCAGUGCUGCGUCUUCAAUCAUUCUGGCUAAAAAAGGAAAUGGACCAGUGCAGAAAUUAAAAGAAGAUGGACCGAGAGUCGUCUGCUAUUUUACCAACUGGGCAUGGUAUAGAAAAGGAGAAGGAAAGUUCAUUCCAGAGCAUAUCGAACCAUCAUUGUGUACACACAUCAUUUAUGCUUUCGCUUCAUUAGAACCUAACACGCUUGGAAUUGUACCUUUUGAUUCGUGGGCUGACAUUGAUAAUGGAAUGUAUAAGCGAAUAGUUCAGCUGAGAGAGAAAGGUCCAGCAAUCAUGCUUGCUCUUGGUGGAUGGACUGACUCCAUCGGAGAAAAAUAUUCUAAAAUGGUCAGCUCUGGUUCUUCAAGAAGAUCUUUCAUUAAUAGUGUGGUGGCUUUCUUGCGCAGGUAUGAGUUUUCAGGCCUGAGUCUGGAAUGGAAUCACCCAGUCUGCUGGCAGUCAGACUGUUCCAAAGGCCCUGCAUCUGAUGCACAGAACUAUGCCAAGCUUGCUCAGGAAAUAAGAGAGGCUUUUGACAAGGAAGAUCCUCCACUUCUCCUUUCUGUCAGCUUAAGUGGUUAUCCAGAAGUAAUCAAGCAAAGCUACGAUCUGUCCAGCCUUAGUAAAUCAGUUGAUUUCUUCACUGUUAUGAGUUAUGACUACCAUGGUGCUUGGGAAGGGGUGACUGGUCACGUAGCUCCCAUCAAGGGCCAUCCGCCUCCAAAGUUCUCCUAUUACAACAUUGAGAAAUCAUUAGAGCUGCUUAUCAAUGGUGGAGCAGAAAAAUCAAAAUUGGUUUUGGGAGUUCCAAUGUAUGGCCAGAGCUAUACAUUAGCUAACAGAAAGGAUACAGGAAUCAAUAGCAAAACUAAAGGACCUGGUGACGCAGGAAAAUGGACUGCUCAACCUGGGAUGUUGGCUUAUUAUGAAAUUUGUUACAAAAUUAGGAAGAAUAGCUGGAGGAAGGAAACAACAGAAUAUGGGCCAUAUGCUUAUUUAGGUGACCAGUGGGUCAGUUUUGAUGAUGAAAAAUCUAUUGCUGAAAAGGGCAGCUUUGUUAAAUCAAAUGGAUUGGGAGGCUUAAUGGCAUGGACUAUCGACUUGGACGAUUUCCAAAAUCUCUGCUGCGAUGGCCAGUUUCCACUUCUUUCAGCAAUCAACAAGGCGCUUGGUCGGGAUAUAAAGGGUCCUCUUGCAAGUGGCUGUACAAGACCAAAGCCACCGGUCACUCCUGCCCCUCCAACGACUACUUUGGACCCAGAAGCUGGCAUAACAACAACAGAACAUCAGCACACUCAUUGGACAGAGGCAACAACAAAACCUACAUCAAGCACUCCAUGGUGGACUCCAGAGACAACUAAAACAACAACAAGCAGGCCUACUACAACAACAACAAGAAGGACCACAACUACAAGGGGAACGACUACAAGAAGAACUACAACCACCAAAAGACCCACUACAACUUCAACAUCUCCAACCCCAUGGUGGACACCUGAAUCUACAACUACAAAGCCUUCUACAUCUUCAACACCGUGGUGGGUCCCAGAGUCAACAACAACAAAGCCUUCUACGACUACACCACCUUGGUGGGUGCCAGAGACUACUACUACAACAAAACGGCCCACGACUACUAAAACAACUACUAAUAAACCUUCUACAUCCACAUCAACAGAAAAAGAACAAGAACAAACUGGAGAACAGAACACUGAACUACCUUCAACUUGUCAGACAGGCGACUACAAACCGGUUCAAGGAAACUGUCAAGAAUAUUAUAGGUGUAUAUUAGGAGAGUUCAGAAAAGAAAGAUGUGCGGGUGAUUUGCACUGGAAUGAACUUCGGACAAUUUGUGACUGGCCCAGUGAAGCUAAAUGUACUUCAGAAAUCAAUGUCAAGCCUUCCACAGAAGGCUGGAUGACUACAAAGCCCACUACACAGGAUUGGUGGCCUACAUCAAAACAACCAACUACUAGGCAAUCUACAACAACAGAGCGAAUGACUACAACACAAAAACCGACCACAACAACAAAGGAGCCAUUUGAGAUGGUGUGUCAGAAUGGUCAAUAUUAUCCAGUGUCCGGUAAUUGUGCAGCAUUUCAUAUGUGCGUCAACGGCAUUCUUAUUGAGCAGCCCUGUGCUCCUGGUUUGCAUUGGAACAUGGACGCGCAGAUAUGUGAUUGGUCAUUUUCAUCAAAAUGUUCUCCAGAUACAGCUGUUUUGGUUAAAGCCGAACAGGGAUGUAAUAGAGGUAUAUUUGCCCCCCACCACAAGAAUUGUAAUAAAUAUUUACAAUGCCAAUGGGAUAAAUAUGAAGUCCACACUUGCGCACCAGGUCUUCAUUGGAAUCAGAAAAAAAUGAUUUGUGAUUGGCCUAAAUCAGCUGACUGUGACCGAUCUGGUGGUGGUGAUGCUGAUACAGAUGUGGUUGUUGCAACAGAGGCUCCUUCUGUCACAGUUUCAUCAACUUACAAACCAUCAACAACAACCGAGUGGACCUGGAAGCCCGAGGAACAAACUGAAUGGUCCUGGACCAGUACUACCACAGAGGAACCUUGGCCUGAAACACCUUAUCAGCAUCCUCUAUCAGGACACUACAAAGUGGUUUGUUACUUCACCAAUUGGGCAUGGUACAGGCAGGGAAGUGGCAAAUACCUUCCUGAAGACAUAGACUAUGAUCUUUGCACACAUAUUAUAUAUGGCUUUGCAGUUCUUGAUUAUUCAGAACUCAUUAUUAAAUCCCACGAUUCCUGGGCUGAUUUUGACAACAAUUUCUACAAUCGAGUAGUCUGGUUUAGGAGAAAGGGUGUGAAGGUACUGUUGGCUCUUGGCGGAUGGAAUGACUCGCAAGGAGACAAGUACAGUCGCCUGGUAAACAAUCCAGCAGCAAGGUCGAAAUUUAUUGCUCAUGCGGUUCCAUUUUUGCAGAAAUAUAAAUUUGAUGGUCUCGACUUAGAUUGGGAAUAUCCCAAGUGUUGGCAGACUAACUGCAACCAAGGAAAAGAUUCAGACAAAGAGGCAUUUGCAAUGUGGGUUAAAGAAUUAAAGACUGAAUUCAACAAGCACGGCCUCUUGCUCUCUGCGGCUGUAUCACCUAGCAAGACCAUUAUUGAUGUUGGUUAUGAUCUCCCUGUGUUGGCUCAAUAUUUGGACUGGAUAUCAGUCAUGACCUACGACUAUCAUGGCCAGUGGGACAAGAAAACAGGGCACGUUGCCCCCAUGUAUGAACAUCCUGAAGAUGACUUCUACUAUUUCAAUGCUAAUUACACCAUACAUUAUUGGAUAAAUGGAGGAGUGCCUAGCAGAAAGUUGGUGAUGGGUAUGCCAAUGUACGGUCAAGGUUUCACAUUGUCAAACGAGAAGGAUCAUGGCCUGAAUGCUCCUGCUCCUAGACCAGCUGAAGCCGGUGAAUACACUAGAGCAGCUGGAUUCUUAGCCUAUUACGAGAUAUGCGACAGGAUUAAGAAUCGUGGAUGGACUGUUGUGAAAGAUGAACAGCAUAGAAUGGGACCUUAUGCAUACCAUGGAACCCAAUGGGUCGGUUUUGACGAUCAAGAAAUGAUAAAACUUAAGUCUGAAUAUAUUCGUGACAUGGACCUUGGUGGUGGUAUGAUAUGGGCUCUGGACCUCGACGAUUUUAAGAAUACUUGUGGUCAAGGAAAGCAUCCCUUACUAAAUACAAUAGCAAAAACUCUUGCUUCUCCUCCAAAUGGAACUCCUACAAGACCAACUACAACAAGACCAACAACCUCCAAACCAACGAAACCUACCAAGCCAUCCUACAAACCUGGCAAGCCAGGAAAACCUGGGAAACCUCCAACCACAACGAAAAAACCUACAAGACCAACUGAAGAGACAACUCCUCAUCACACUAGCACCAAAAAGCCGAGUCAUAAACCAACAGAGCCUGAGCAAACCACGCCAGCCCUACCAGGACCAGAAGGGCAGUUUAAGGUCGUCUGCUACUUCACUAACUGGGCUUGGUACAGACAAGGAACUGGUAAAUAUCUGCCAAGUGAUAUUGAUCCAAAUCUCUGCACUCACAUAGUCUAUGGCUUUGCAGUCUUGGACACAGACAGGCUUGUUAUCAAACCACAUGAUUCCUGGGCAGACCUCGAUAACAAAUUCUACGAAAAAGUGACAGCUCUUAAAGCUAAGGGUGUUAAAGUGACACUAGCCAUUGGAGGAUGGAACGAUUCUGCUGGUAAUAAGUACAGCCGUUUGGUAAACAGCAGAGAUGCAAGGCAGAGAUUCAAUGAACAUGUUCUAAAAUUCAUCCUGGAAAAUAAUUUUGAUGGUCUUGAUCUAGAUUGGGAGUACCCCAAGUGCUGGCAAGUUGACUGCAACAAGGGGCCCGAUUCAGACAAACAAGCUUUUGCAGAUUGGGUCACAGAAUUGAGAGAGCUGUUCACACCUCAUGGACUUCUGUUGUCAGCAGCUGUAUCUCCAGCCAAGACAGUCAUUGAUAAUGGUCAAAAUCGUUAUGAUGUAAAAGUACUCUCUGAUAAACUGGACUGGAUAGCGGUGAUGUGUUAUGACUACCACGGACAAUGGGACAAGAGGACAGGCCAUGUGGCACCAAUGUACAUCCAUGAUGAAGACUUUGAUGCCUCAUUUAAUGCGAACUUCACAAUGCAUUACUGGUUGAGCCAAGGAGCUGAUAGGAAGAAGCUUGUGAUGGGAAUGCCAAUGUAUGGCCAGAGUUUCUCUCUAGCAGAAAACAAUGAAAACGGGCUAAAUGCACCAACUUAUGGUGGUGGUGAAGCAGGAGACGAAACUAGAGCAAGAGGCUUCCUAUCAUACUAUGAGAUCUGCGAUCGAGUUCAGAGGCGAGGCUGGGAGGUUGUCAAGGAUACUACAGGAGCGAUGGGACCAUAUGCCAGGAGCAGGGACCAAUGGGUUAGUUUUGAUGAUGCCGCCAUGAUCAAGCACAAAUCAGAAUAUGUCAAGAAGCAUGACUUUGGUGGAGCAAUGAUAUGGGCUUUAGACUUGGAUGACUUCAGAAAUACAUGUGGCUGUGAAGAGUAUCCACUCUUGAGGACGAUCAACAGGGUGCUGCGAGGAUACCCUGAGGGACCACUUUGUAGCUUGUCUAAACUGAAGGCUCUUGAGCCACCUGGCUUCAAAGUAGACCCACCAUGCCCACCAAUAACUGGUGAUAAGAAAGACUGUACCAAGUUCUACACUUGCCAAUAUGGUAUUUUAAUCCAGCAAGACUGUCCACCAGGACUCCAUUUUAGCCAGAAAACACUCAUGUGUGAUUGGCCAGAGAAUGCUAAAUGUGGAUCAAAUGAAAUACCAGAUGAAAACAAUGAGAAUGAACAAGGAGAAAUGGUUUUGCCUCCCUCACUACAAGAAAUAACGACAACUACAACAGCAGUUUCCAUUAUAGAAAAACCAGCAGACACUGGAGAAUUCAAAGUUGUUUGUUACUUCACAAACUGGGCCUGGUACCGCCAGGGUAAGGGCAAGUAUUUGCCAGAAGAUAUCGACACAUCAUUAUGCACACACAUAAUAUAUGCUUUUGCCGUCCUUGAUUCGGAAAGGCUAGAAAUUAAACCUCACGAUCCCUGGGCAGAUAUUGAUAACUCCUUCUUUACUAAGGUGUCAUCUUUAGUCGAGAAAGGUAUAAAAGUCUUACUAGGGCUUGGUGGAUGGAAUGAUUCUCUUGGAGAUAAGUACAGCCGGUUAGUCAAUAGUCCAGGAGCCAGAAGAAACUUUGUAAGGCAGGCCGUGGAGUUUGUCGACAAAUAUAACUUCCAGGGUCUUGAUCUUGACUGGGAGUAUCCUAAAUGUUGGCAGGUUGACUGUAACAAAGGACCAGAAACAGAUAAAGAUGGGUUUGCAGCACUGGUGACGGAGCUCAGUGAGGAAUUUAAAAGACGAGGGUGGUUGUUGUCAGCAGCUGUCUCUCCUAGCAAAACUGUUAUAAACCAAGCCUAUGAUGUUCCUGUACUCGCGAGGCAUCUUGACUGGAUUUCGCUGAUGGCAUAUGACUAUCAUGGCCACUGGGAAGGCAAGACGGGUCAUGUUGCUCCUCUCUACUACAAUGAAGGAGAUGAGUUCCCUCAUUUUAAUGGGAACUUUUCUGUAACCUAUUGGCUGGAUGAAGGGGUGCCUAGAAAGAAGCUUGUCCUUGGAAUGCCGCUCUAUGGUCAGAGCUUCACAUUGAGAAACGAAUCUGAUACAGGGUUGCAAGCGCCCAUCUCUGGCCCUGGAAUGGCAGGGCAGUUUACGAGAGCAGCAGGUUUCUUAGCCUAUUAUGAGAUAUGUGAUACAAUAUCCAGAGGAAAUUGGGUAGUGAAACGCCAUGAAACAGGUGCUAUAGGUCCAAUAGCAUACAAAGGAAACCAAUGGAUAAGUUAUGACGAUGUAGAAGACAUAAGAAGGAAGUCACUAUACGUGAAAGAACAUCAACUAGGCGGAGGCAUGGUAUGGGCACUGGAUUUGGAUGACUUCAGGAACAUUUGUGGUUGUGGUAAAAACCCUCUCUUGAGCACAAUCAAUCAGGAACUGAGAGGCCAUCCUGGAAACACUAACAAUUGCACAUAAGGAAAGGGUCGAACAUUUGAGGACUUCAAUAAGUGUGAUAUAGGGAUGAAGAAGUACUAGAAAUUUCAGUCAUCAUUUAGUUUAUAUUCUGGAUCUAGGAAUAUCGUUCAUCGUAGUGAAUUGAAUAAAAAAUUAUAUAAAAUAGGCUGAUAGUGUAAGGGCAAAGCUUUGAACACAAGUUUUAUCACUAGUUAAAAAAAUAUUUUAAGCGAAAAUAAAAUAUUUGUUUUGACUUUUGAUAAAUGCUUUUUGGGGGAAAAAAAAUUAUGAAGGUAUCACAAUUUUAAACCAUGACAUAUUUCUUUUUUUUUUGUGAUAGACUUUUAUAAUUCAUCCAAAUAGUGUAUGCAUAAUUGUGAUUAUAGGUUUUUGUUUUUAAUUAUAAUUUUAAGUAAACCAGUAUGAAUUUUAUUUUUAAAAAAUUUAGAUUAGGUUAUGAAAUCAAAUGUGAAAUCCGUGCCAUUCAUUUAUAAAAUUGAGUGUAUGAUACAACUUUUGUUAGAUUUUUUUAAUAUAUUUAUAUUAAACUAAGAAAUAAACUAGUUUUCAUCAAUUACCAAAUCCUAUCUUUCCAUUAUAUCAAAAAGAAUUAAGUCUAAGAAAGCUAUCAUUGGAUGGCUAUAAUUUUGAUUUUCAGGUAUGUUUUAUUUAUUUACCCCCCUUAAAAAUCUUAAUUAUUGACACCUUAGGGUACAUUUUCAGACAUAUUAAAAAAAAAAAACUAAGAAGAAAUUUUUUUUCUUUUAGUUUUUCCUCAGUAACUAUCUUCAAGUGGACUUUAGACAAAAGUAUGUUAUUAUUAAUAUUAAAGAACAUUAAAUUUUCUGAAAGAUUUAUAGUCAAAACAGCUACCGGAUACAGGGGUCAUUAAAAUCUAAUAAAAUGGCUUAAAAACACUAAAGCUAAAUAUGUCAGUGGCUUUAUUCCUAGAACUAUUUUUUAGUGCUGCUUAGCUCGAAAUAAAUAAUAACAGAUCUUGUAAAGUUUAAAUUUCCUGGAAGAUUCAAACAAAACAUUUGUUAUGCUCCAGACACUAAGAAAUAUUAAAAUAACAGUGACAGCCUAGAGAUCAAAAAAAUCACAUUCUGUUCAAAUUAGUGUUCCUGAAUUUAAUAUUUUCAGUAAUCCCAUACCUAUGCAAUAAAUACAUAUAAAUUAACAAUAAAUGCAACUAUUCUCAUGGAGUAUAGAAAUACUUAUGGAGCAUACCGAUCUCAAUUUAAAAAAUAUAGGAGGGGAAAUUAUAUGUAAAUACAAACCACCAUUGUUCUGGAAAGAAAUACAGGAACAACCAGCAUAUGAUAAAAAUAUCAACUGCCUAUCUGAAAUACAAUAUGGAUUUAAAACAACUCACUACCCCCAAUGGAAAAUCACAGGAAGUCUUUAAAUCAAUGAUGAAAGACUCCACAGGAUUAUUUAGAGUUUUGCAAAGGAAAUAACUUUUACGAGUCCUAGGAGGAAAGCUUAUAAUCUGAAACUUAAGGUCUUCAAAUAUAUUAUUUUACAUGUCUAGUACAAAUAAGAUUUCAAUAAUUGUUCUAAAAAUUAAUCAUCAUUUACUGAAUGAUGAACUAUUAACAUUACCUUCAGAGCAAAUGCAGUGCAAGAAAGGAAUUAGAGACUUAAGAGUUAUUAGUGAAAAUAUUUAUUUCUGCGAAGAAAAAAAAUACUUUUUUUCAUGUAUUAUAGUUACAAGAGGUGUCACAACCCAUAUCAUGCAAUUACCCAUACUAUCAAACAGUUUACAAGAUGGAAGUGGUUGAAACUGUUGCUACUAAUGCUGCAACUCAUUAAAGAAACGUGGAUUAAGGUUUAGAAAAGUAGAAAGAUUUUAACUUUUUGAGAAAUAAAUUUUUCUACAUGAAAAGAACAUCGAAUGCACAAGGUUUUGUUUUUGUAAUUCAAAGAAAUACUUAAGCAGAAAUUGAUAUUUGUUGAAGAAAUCAUGGGAAUGACAAUUAGUCAAGAUUUGCAAUCUAGACAUGGUUUAUUAGACGCCGAUGGUUCCAUCCAAGCAAAUGGAUCAUUAAGGUGACUCUCUUGUCAAGCAACAUGAACCGAAAAUAAAACACAUCCCUAGUAGGGUUAGUCGUGACAAUUAAUAGUUCUGCAUUCUUUGGAGAUUGUCAACACAAUUAUUAAUGAUUGUUAUGCUUAGCUCGGUUUUUACUGACAAAGGUAUGACAGACACAUUGCACGUUCUACACUUUUCUUAAUAAAAUAUUUUUUAUUUACAUGCCGAAUUAUUUUUAUAUAAAUUAUGGAAUAAUAAUAUCAAUCUAACAAUAGGUAGUAAAUACAAAAUUUUGUUCUGGUUCUUAAAUUAAAACUUUUUUGAAGAAAGAAAAUAUUUAAUAACUUAAUCAAUAUUUUGAUACUCGCCCGUCAGUGAUAUACAGUCUUAAUUUCUUCAACAGUUGCAAAGCAGUCUGUAGAUAGCUUCGAAACCAGCUUUAUCUAGAUUUCUUUUUGCCAACAUUAAAGGAGUCUCCCCAUUGCUCUCCAUCUCUCGAGGCGAUGGCGAAGCACCUUUUUCCAGUAACAUCUUCACCAUGUCCUUUCGGUUAUACCAGACAGCUUCAUAUAAUGGCGUUUUACCAUCCCUGUUUUUUCUAUCCACUACACUGCCACUAUCGAUGAGGACUUUCGCUACCGCUAUAUGAUUAAAUUUAGCUGCUAUAUGAAGAGGAAUCCAUCCAUUUAUAUCUGCUAUAUUGGAAUCUGCACCUUUAUUAAUCAAUAAUUUAACAAUUUCCAAUUGGCCGUACCAAGUGGCUUCAUAUAAAGGAGUUUUGAUAUCAUGAUCUUCAGCGUUAGGGUCGGCGCCUUUGCUAAGAAGUUCCUUAACGACCUCGACCCUUGUAUCUUGUACGGCUAAAUGCAAGGCUGUAUAUCGCCAUUUUCCUCUCUUGUCUACAGGAAAGCCAACUGAUAUCAGACUCCUUACUGCUUUUUCGUUAUUGGAUAAAGCUGCUAAAUGCAAGAAUGGCCAACCAUCACGAUUAAUAAUGUUGAGAUCAGCUCCAUGAGACAUCAGUAAUUUCAUUAUGUCAGUAUUUCCUGCUUCGGCAGCUUUGUAAAAGGGUGUUAAAUUUGCACUAUUCUUUGAAUCUACUGGCGAGCCAUAAUCCAAAAUUAACUUGACAGCCUUCAAUUUACCGUCAAACGCAGCCAUAUGUAGCAGAGUAUUCCCAAAGCCAUCUGCACUACAGAUAGUGCUUAGCAAUUUCCAGGUCAAUACGUUUGCUGCUGCUAUCUGAUCGGCAUCCAAAGCUUGGUACAAAGGCGUAUCACCUUUAUCGUUUCUGAAAUUUAUUCCUGCUCCAAGGUGGAUGAGCCUAUUCAACGAAAGAAGAUUGCCUUUUGAAGCCGCGAUGUGGACAGGAGUAUCUCCUGAACUGGUUCUUACAUUUACAUUUGCACCGUUUAGAACUAAAGUUUCUAUUAUAUCUGCAUUGUUAUUGUGUGCUGAGAGAAGUAAUGGUGUUAAUCCAUCGCCAUUCCUCAUUUCUAUUUUAGAGCCAAAACUCAGUAAAAUUUUAACAGCAUUUAGCCUGUUCUGGAUAGUUGCUAAAUGAAGUAAGGACAUGCCGUUGUCUAAUUUUGAGUUUAGAUCAGCCCCUCUUUCUAUCAGCGUUAUAAUCAUGUCGGUGUUAUUGCUCAAAAUGGCCGAAUACACUGGAGUCCUUCCUUCCAAAUCUUUACUAUCGAUAUCCCCUCCCAAAUCGAUAAUUUUUUUUACUAUCUGAAUGUUACCCUUCUUGAUAGCUAAAUGUAAAAGUGAAUUUUUGGAGACUGUUUUGUUGUUAAACUUGGCUCCAUAAUACAAUAACGUACCAAACGUUAAGUGACUCCCAGACUCGACUGACUUGUAUAGAGGAGUUUUGUUGUAUUUAUCUUGCGCAUUCACAUCAGAUUUGGCUUUGAGAAGUUGAAGUGUAGCCUCCAAAUCCGCAGACUCUACAGCGAAAUGGAGCAAAGUUUCGUUGUCUCGAUUCCUGUCAUUGGCAACUGCCUCGGUUUUGUAAAUGUUGCUUAGGCUUCCUUUAGCCAUCAACAACUUGGUAAUAUUUGUAUUUCCAUUUUGCCAAACUUCUUUGGUUGCCUCGGGACCGAUCUUGAAUAUAUCGAAACCUGAUUCAAUUAGCCAUGUAACAAAUUCAAUAUCGCCUCUAAUACACGCAUCUUUAAAUAUAACAUUAGUUUUAUCAAAAACUAGUAUUUUCUGUAGAAUAUAUUUCGGAAUGGACAUUCCUUCAUUAGAUUUAGCCGCAAUAAACUUGAGUGCAAUAUAAAGCUUUUCUGUUGGUAUUAAAAAAUUACUAUCGAACCAUUCAUUAGAAAAUUUUUUUUCCUCUGAAGACAUUGUGCUUAAGACUGUAAUUAAUAUAUCAGACAUCAUGACAUCAUCUUCAACAAAUGAAUGGAGAAGGAGCAAAAAGGAAUAUUGACCAAAAUUCAUCUCUGAAAUGAUCAAGUCCCCUCUUUUGCCUACUGACGAGUCGAAAAUAAACUUGGCAGCUUUUGUUAUUCUUUCCCUAAGGAUACUUUCAACUUUAUUACAUAGGUCAUGAUGAACUGCUACACCAUCCAGGAGAAAUGAAUCACCGUUCAGGGUUAAGGACACAUCAUUUGGCAUUAUAUGCUGCCCUGAUGCCAUCCAUACCCUGGAAAUUAAUAUUGUAACAAGAGCAGAAGCGGCCAAACCCAGCAUUUUGUAGAAGAUUGUCAAACGUUAAUAUGUAAAUAUUCAUUCUAUUGCUCCUUCGCUGGUUUUCCCCAUCAGAUAAACAAUCCACUGAGGUCAGAGUUGCCAACGACAUCGUUAAAAAUAUAUUUUUUUUUGUGUUAGUUAUCCUUAUACUGACUGGGAAGCUAUUAUAAAACCAUUAAAGCAACGCCAUCUAUCUACCUUGCUUAAGUACUACACCAUUUAU